CCGGGUUGUACAAGAAGACCCUUGAUUUUCCUGCGUCUUUCGGUGCAUAAGUCAAUGGGUCUACUUACGCUUGCCGCCUUGUAAGUAGAUUUCGUUUGUGAAGAAAAUCUCAUCUACUGUCUUGCACAAAACUAUGGCCACAAAGAACGUGCAAUUUGAGGUGACGGGGAGCAAGCCUCCCGCCCCGAAGCCGAUGAAGAAGCAAUUGUGGUCUCUGAAUCCGGACCGCUACGACAUCGAUACGGUCAUCGGGACGGGGUCCUAUGGUAAGUGGAAGUUUAUGGAUCCUGGAUGAAGAUCGCAAGAUAGAAUUUCUAUGCGAGACAUUCCUCUGUCGUACUACAGGACCGUGCACCAAGAACAGUGGAUGGAAGUAAGCCACAGACCACUGCCAAGAGCAUAUUUUUUCCCACAUCCACAACAGGUCAAGUGUACGGUGCACAGGACAAGUUUACGGGGAAGAAGGUCGCGAUAAAGCGGUCGAAGGACGUGUUUGGUGAACUGACGGACUGCAAGCGAAUGCUGAGGGAAAUCGCCAUACUGAACCGGAUCGAGCACAAAAACGUCGUGCACCUGCACGAGCUGUAUCUGCUGCCGAACCCUGCAAAUUUCACAGAGAUCGCCCUGGUCUUGGAGCAGUGUCAGUUUGAUCUAAAGAAGCUGUACUUAUUUUUUUGCUGCUAUAAUGAUAAUUCUGUUUCAUGUAUGCUUUUUUCGGUUCUUUCGCAUGCUGUGAUUGUGCCAUGUGCAUGUCCACCUUCGGGAGCAUCUUUCUUGAUUAGAGAAACUGAAGCGUUACGAGCCUGUUUCACCAAAAUGCACUGGAUUUUGAAUCAGAUUCAAAUCGACGGAGCAGCUGAAUGAAGCAGAAUCAAGGACCUUGUUCUACCGGAUUUGCUGCGGCGUCAACUACCUCCACUCACAGGGCGUCUGGCACCGCGACCUGAAACCAGCAAAUGUAUCAUUGAACGAUUUUUGCGUGACAUAUUCUGAUUGCAUCACACACUAUCAUUUUUAUUUUCCGCUUGAAAAGGGUACUGUAUCGUGCAUAAAGAUAAAACGCAUGUCGAAAACCUACAGAUCCUUCUCAACACGGACUGCACGGUGAAAGUGUGCUAUCGCAAGAAAAAAACUGUCUUAGUCUCAACUUGUAAUGCCGCGGACAUUCUUUUUUCCUUGAGACCACAGGCUUUUGUCAUAACAUGCUCGACAUGCAAGUGCAACCUAAGUCAUCUUUCAUUCGUGUUUUCUCUUGCUUCUGGCGCAUCAUUUCGUCCUGAGCGAAUUUGUAUUGCCGAUUCUGCAAAGGUUUGAGACUGAGACAGUUUUUUCCUGGGAUAUGUGCGACUUCGGGCUGGCCCGCGCGGUUGGUCAGGACAACAUGUCCCUGCAGAUGCUGGAGCAGGGGGCUCAGGAUGCACACGUGAAGCGCGACCUCACCGCCCACGUGGUCACCCGGUGGUACCGCGCGCCGGAGCUGAUUCUGCUGCACGAAAACUACACGGAAGCGAUUGACGUGUGGAGUCUCGGGUGCAUCCUGUUCGAGGUGAUGCUCAUGGAAAAGAGAUACUGCGAGAAGGCAGACAUUCCGAAGAAGCGCGUGCCCCUGUUCCCGGGGGCCUGCUGCUACCCACUCAGUCCGCGGAAGGACAAGAACGACAAUCCGAUCGAGGUAUAAUGGAGAUCAGGAGCGAUUUUUGCAGUUGCUGCAUUUAAACCGUUGUACAUUUAUUUUUUGUUGUGCAUAAAGUUAAAGUAGCAUACGGAAAAAUUCAUCUCAGGUCGACCGCAAGCACGUGGACCAGCUGCGCGUGAUUUUUGAGCACACUGGGACGCCCAGCAAAGCCGACUACGAGUUUUUGAGCAAUCCCGACGCUAAGCACUACUUGAAGAAGCACUUUCCCUCAGAGACGGCGAAGAAGCCGAUCUGGUUUUACCACCGCUUAAACGGCAUUGAACCGAAGCUGCACGAUCUGCUGUCCAGGUAGAAAGGAUAGUAAGUUGUAAUUGACGAAUUAUAGUUGUUAUACAAAGUUUGCCUACAGAAGUAGAAUGAGGAACGAAACGAAAUCUGGUGUAGCUGUUCAUGCAGGAGUAGAUCAAACACUUCUACUUCCAGAAAAACCCAAUAACUCCGCCAGGUUGCUCGUGUUCAACCCGCAGAAACGCAUGUCCCUGAUGGAUUGCAUGCACCACGAUUUUCUCGCGAAAACGGUCCGCGAAGAGGAGGCCCGAGGGAACUUUUUGCCGGGCCGGGGGCCGCACCGGGGGGAGGACGUCGAUAUGAUGGACAUGAACGGGAACUGCAUCGUGGAAAGCAUCAAGUUGCCGUUUCCGGACCACUAUCAAAUGCAAAAAUGUCUGGGUCUGGAAGAAUGAAAGAUUUAUCAUGCUUGUCUGGCAUGACUGUUAACUCUGUGAUGCUUAGGCGUAAAAAGAUCCUCUUGCGUGUCAUGCAAAAAUGGAGCCUGUCAUGCGGAAUACGCAACAUACAGGAGCUCAAAAACUUGUCAUGCUUGGUCACCUAUAUCAGUGAGCUCAUUACUGAUACAGUCGCAUCACAAGUUUCCAGACCCAGACAUAUUUGCAUUUGAUAACCACCUGGAGAUGAAUGAACCGGAGUUGCGCCAGUACUACGUGUACGGAUUGGAAGUGAGACUAAAUUUCGUGGAACGCACAGGAGGCAAGCAUCGCAGUAAAGGAUCCAUAUUUGCAGUGUUGGAACGCGGUGGAUUUAACUUGUCAUGCGAGCAGUGAUUCAGAGCAGUUUAGUUACAGUAGGGGAGCUGCGUGCUCCUGCACUGGACCUGCAACAGGUUGUGCGUACACGAUCUGUAGUUUAUUUGCAAGUGAUAACGGGCAGGAAGAGUCGAUUAGCCGCGUGCGCGACCAGAAUAACCGCCGCACCAGGAGCGUCAACAUGCACCGGUGA